GUGAUGUAUAUAUUUCGUUCUCUGUGUCGACGGCAAGUUAAUACAACUUUCAGAUGUGGUUUCGAAUAUGUAUCAACCUUUCCAUCGCGAAGCAACGUUCACCAUAAUUUCAUCAACGAUGUGCACGCGUCACCACAGGGUCAGAGUACUGAAAAACGAGGAAACGAAGUGUGCGGGUCCAAGAUUACUCUUCUAAGGCAAAUAAACGUUCUUUACGCUGGUACUUUUACAGAACUCUUAAGACCUAGACAUGCUCACACGACAUUUGUGCAAAAGAGACAUAAGUCAGUAAAGGGAAAGAAGAAAGACGAUUUAGUCGCCGGUCAAAGCGAAAGUGAUGACGAUAGUGACGGAGAAUGGAGCGAUGCAGAUGACUUGGAUAACGAUGUAAAUGUAAAGUCAGGAAAAAAGGCAUUUCCUGAUACCAGCUUCCGUGGUGAUACAAAUUUGCCAGCAAAUUGUAAGAUGUUGAAGCGGAAUAUAGCGCAACCCAGAUACGACUCACUGUGUAGAUUUGGCUUUAUUAUGUCAAGCAAGCAGUUUGUAAAUGAAUUAGCGGAACAGAAAUGUAAGCUGAACGGUCUUCCUUUAAAGUCCAAAAGUACACAUGUGAAAAGUGGAGAUGCACUAGAUGUCAUUGUAGACGAUAAUAAAAUGAAAAGGAUCAGGAUUGUCUCCAUUGAUAAAUCCCCAUCCACAUGUACAGUUUAUAUGAGAGUGUGGAGGGCACCAUUCUCCAAAUCUUUAGUGAAAGAAUCAGACAGAACAGAUGUCGAUGGGAGCAGUUAAGUUUUAUUACAGGUCAAGAAAGAAGACACUACAGUGAUUGUCUCCCUUGAUACGUUUUAAUCAAAAUAAACUGGUGUGUAUGUGCCAAAGUGUGGAGGGCAAUAUUUCCAAACCUCAAGUGAAAGAAUCCAACAGUAUUAUGUUGACUCAAAUUGACAGAUUCAGUUUAAAUUUUAAUUGCAGGUCAAGUGAGAUUUUAAGUGCAGGUAAAGAGCAGAGAUGAACUUUGAUGUCAGCAGACAGCAGUGAAGUUAUUGUCUCCUUGACAUAUCAUUGCAUAAUAUAUGCUAUUGUAUAUAGAUAUCAUGAGGGUACAAGUUAUGAAAUAGUGUUGAAGAAAUCUUACAGUAUGGAAGUUGAAUGAAACAACAUGUUCAUGGUUUAAAUGAAAUUAGACUGUUAAAAGGACCAUCAUAGUUUGCUGAAGGAUUCCAACAUUUACCAAGCUGGACUGGUGUAAACUGAUCUGGUCCUAUAUAGUCUAUAUAGAUUGAAGGAUGCAAUUUAAUUCGUGUACGUACAUGUCCGAUUUCUCCUGAUACUCUAACUUCUGUAAAACUACCAGUGGAAAGUUUGAAAAGUAUGGAAAAAAUGUAUUUGUAGUGUUUACAAUGAACAUGGCUAGUGAUA